AAUGGUGAUUCUCACGGAGGUCUCUUCAGCGAGAGCUCGUACCGUUCUCACGUGCACAUAACGUCCACGCGGGCCCAAAAAGUUUUGAUCGCCGUUGGCCCCUACGGUACACCUUGACGGCUCGAGUCGCAGGAUCUUUCACCCCGCCGUGAAACUUAUGCAGCCUCAGAUCACGGUCAUAUUGGAUAAUGGUGCCUCUUCAAUCAAGGCUGGUUUAGCCAGAGGACCUGAGGGAGAUGAUGACGACCAGCCCAAAUUGAUCUCGAAUGCCAUCGUGCGCUCAAAAGGUGAUAAAACAACGUAUUUUGGUCAUCAGUUGGAACGAUGUCGGGAUUAUUCUGCUCUUCAUUACCGUCUGCCUUUUGAAAAGGGUUAUCUGGUGGACUGGGAUGCACAAAAAGCUGUUUGGGACGGCGUAUUCUCGUCCGAGGUUCUGAACGUGGACACCGCCGAGUCAUCAUUGCUCAUUACAGAACCGUACUUCAAUCUGCCAAAUAUUCAAGAUGUUUACGAUCAGUUUGUCUUUGAGGAAUACGAGUUUUAUUCUUAUCACAGAUGUACACCGGCUGCAACGAUCCCCUUUGGCCAUCUUUUUCAAGCGGGCGGGCCAUCGCCACCCGAGUGCCUUGUUGUUAUCGAUUCGGGGUUCAGCUUCACGCAUGUAGUACCUAUCAUCAACAAUCAAAUACAAUGGUAUGCCGUGAAGAGGCUCGAUGUAGGCGGCAAGUUACUAACUAACCAACUGAAAGAACUUGUCUCAUAUCGCCAGUGGAAUAUGAUGGAUGAAACUUACAUCAUGAAUCACGCCAAGGAGACAUGUUGUUAUGUGUCCACAGGAUUCUUCGAAGACCUGGAGACCUGUCGCUCGAAUCCUAAAAAGAAUAGCAUAGUUCGGGAAUAUGUACUGCCAAAUUUCUCAAUCAAUAGGCCUGGCCGCAUCAGACUUCCCAACGAGGAGUUAUCGACCACUGACCAAGUUCUUCACAUGGAAAACGAGCGAUUUACAAUUCCCGAGCUGUUGUUCCGUCCCGAUGACAUCGGCUUAGAACAGUCAGGGCUGGCAGCAACCGUGGCUGCGUCUAUCGCGCUCCUUCCGCAUGACCUUCGGGGCAUGUUUUGGGCAAAUAUUGGUUUGAUCGGUGGUAGUACCAACUUCCCAGGAUUUUACGAGCGACUAUCAUCCGAACUGUUGUCACUUACCCCGGUCGAAUAUGAUCUGCAGAUAUACCGGUCAGAAGAUGCUAUAACCGAAGCUUAUCGCUCCGCAAUUGCUUUUGUGAAUGAUCCUGCAUUCUCAGCGCACGUUGUUACAAGGGAGGAGUAUCUUGAAGUCGGCAGCAAUGCCUCGCGAAGGAAAUUUCCAGGGUGGCAAUCAUCAUCUGCACCUGGGGACGCAGAUAUUAGCAAGAUCACGCAGGAAUCAAUGAUCGAAGAUCGAGGCCAGCCCAGCCGCAAGCCUAACCGUUCACGAAUGCGCACGACCACCGCACCAGGCCGACGCAGAUAG